CGAAUCAAAGAAUUGCAAUCUGGGGAGCACAGGUUUAUAUUAGAAGUUCAGCUGUGAAUCCCUGAGAAGGGACAAAAGUCUAGAGGUUCUGGUUGAACAAUAAAGAAUGCUGAGGAAAUCAGUGGACUUCAGAAUGAUUACUCAUCAGUUGCAGACUUUUAUGGUGAUUUUGGAUCUCUGUGUUCUGAAAGUCAGUUCCCUGGACACCUUUAUUGCAGCUGUCUAUGAACAUGCAGUGAUACAGCUCUCUGACACUCUCAUACCAGUGUCCCAUGAAAAGGCGUUAACAUUAAUGAACCAAAAUCUGGAUAUAUUGGAAGGAGCAAUCACAUCAGCAGCACAGCAGGGUGCACAUAUUAUUGUGACUCCAGAAGAUGCUGUUUAUGGCAUGAACUUCAGCAGGGAAACUAUUUAUCCAUACUUGGAAGAUAUUCCAGACCCUCAAGUGAAUUGGAUCCCUUGUAAUGAUCCCAACAGAUUUGGUCGCACCCCUGUUCAAGAAAAACUCAGCUGCCUGGCCAAGAACAACUCAAUCUAUAUUGUGGCAAAUAUUGGUGACAAGAAGUCGUGUAAUACCAGUGACCCUCAGUGUCCCCUUGAUGGUCGUUAUCAAUACAACACUGAUGUAGUGUUUGAUUCUCAGGGAAAAUUGGUGGCACGUUACCAUAAGCAAAACCUCUUCAUGAAUGAAAAUUAUUUCAAUGCACCCAAGGAGCCUGAAUUUGUGACUUUCAAUACCACCUUUGGAAAAUUUGGUAUAUUUACAUGCUUUGAUAUACUCUUCCACAAUCCUGCUAUUAGCCUCGUGAAAGAUUUCCACGUGGACACCAUUCUCUUUCCAACAGCUUGGAUGAAUGUUUUGCCACAUUUGUCUGCUAUUGAAUUUCACUCAGCUUGGGCAAUGGGCAUGAAAGUAAAUUUUCUUGCAUCGAAUAUUCAUAGACCCUCCAAGAAAAUGACAGGAAGUGGCAUCUAUGCACCUGAUUCUCCAAGAGCAUUUCAUUAUGAUAUGAAGACAAGGGAGGGUAAACUCCUCCUCUCUCAACUGGAUUCCUAUCCAAACCACCCAGUAGUGGUGAAUUGGACUUCCUAUGCCAGUGAUAAAAAUUCAGUUACAACAGGAAAUGGAACAUUUAAAGGCCAUGUGUUUUAUGAUGAAUUCACCUUCUUGGAGCUUACAGCAGUCACAGGAAAUUACACAGUUUGUGAGAAUGAUCUCUGCUGUCUUCUAAACUAUACCAUAUCUGAAAAGAGAUCAGAUGAAGUUUAUGUCUUAGGGGCAUUUGAUGGACUACAUACUAUGGAAGGGAGAUAUUACUUACAGGUUUGUACUCUAUUGAAAUGUAAAACAACAAAUUUACAUACUUGUGGUGAGUCAGUUGAAACUGCUUCCACAAGAUUUGAAAUGUUCUCUCUCAGUGGCACUUUCAAAACCAAGUAUGUUUUCCCUGAGGUGCUAUUGAGUGACGUUCAGCUUGCUCCUGGAGAAUUUCAGGUGUCAAGUGAUGGACGCUUAUUUAGUCUGAAGCCACCAUCUGGACCAGUGUUGACAGUAACUCUGUUUGGGAGGCUGUAUGAGAAGGAUUUUGAAUUAAAUACUUCAUCAGAUGUCAAAGCACAGCACUAAGACUAAUACUCAUACUCAUGAUAAUUUUGUGUAUCUUAAAUUGGUAGAACAUUUAUAGCUUCUGGUUUUUAUUUUAGAUAAUUAAAAAAUCAUGAAUGGAGAAAAAAAUGUAUCUGGGCUUUUAAUAGUAGUGUCUAUGUUAGUGAAUUAAUUAUUUUUGUAUCUGUACAUAUAUGUAUAUUAUUGUGUGUAUGUCUAGUAUAUGUACAGAGAUAUUAGUAUGUAUAUUAAAUAAUAUAUAGUUACACAUUAUAUAAUUUAUAUCUAUAUACUACAUAAACAUACAUACAUCAGGCAAUAUAAACCAGAUAAGUAGUGACAGCAUCUAAAGGUAAAGAUUUGUAAAGUGAGAAUAACAGGGAGUAGGGUGGUAGCGCAGUGGGUUAAGCGCACUUGGCGUGAAGCGCAAGGACCAGCGUAAGGAUACUGGUUCGAGCCCCUGGCUCCCCACCUACAGGGGCGUCGCUUCAUAGGCAGUGAAGCAGGUCUGCAGGUGUCUAUCUUUCUCCCCCUCUCUCUGUCUUCCCCUCCUCUCUCUAUUUCUCUCUGGCCUAUCCAACAAUGACAACAUCAAUUAACAACAACAACAAAAGGGCAACAAAAGGGAAAAUAAAUAAAUAUAAAAAAAUUUAAAAAGUGAGAAUAAUAAUUGUAACCUCUUCUUGGAUUUUUGGUAAGAAUUAAAUAAAUUAGUGCAUUUAAAAAAUUAGGCACAUUCAUGGAAAGCAAUGUGUGUGUGUUAGCUAUUCCAGUUGUUUAUGACAGUCAUAGAAAAACCAACUGUGAUAUGUACAUUGUUAAGCUUCUUGUCAUUUCUAAUGGUCUACAGUGCAUACAUAUUCUAAUGAUUUACUCAGCUUGCAUACUUCUACUAGAAAGCCAUCAAACAUGGACUCAAUUAAUUAUCUUUGUCUUGAUAUCAAGUUACAAGAAGGCAACUGAGUUUUAUCAAGGAACCUGUGAAGGAGGCUUUCUAUAUUGUGUUUUUGGUCUGAAUUUUCAUGUCUGAUUUGAGUAGUGAUACAGCAAUAUAUGCUCAGAAAAGGUAACAUUCUUAACGCCUGGUUGCUUAUUGAGAAAGUUUAUUACUUUCUGCCUGAAGUAUUAGAUAGUAUUGCGUGUGUGUGUGUGUGUGUGGUGUCUGUGAAAUAGCUCACUUGAAUAAUGUGCUGCUUUAUUACAGUGAGACACAGGUUGAAGCCCUGUCCCCACUACAUUAAAGGAAAUU